ACUCAUCUGUACGAAAAAGCGUGUUUUAAGAACUUAUUGCAAAAGAAUUUUACAAAAUUUAAAUGUGCAGUUACGGCACAUCUACUCCGUACCAACCAAUCGGGGAUCAUAUGGUGUUUUUCUGGCGUUUAAAACAAUAGGGGGAAUGCUCUUUCAUGUGAUCAGAUUCACUAGGGCGCAAAGGUGAUGGUGAUUGCCUUGAAAAUUGGACUAGGCCGCGUGCAAGUAGUUUUACUUGUUGCCUUCUUUUCAGAUUUUAUGGAAAAAAUAAUAAAUUUUUUAGUAUAGUUAGUGUUACUAGUAAAAUGACUUAAGGAAUUAUAUGCAGGGAGUAAAGGUCAUUGUACAGUGUGACCGAGAGGACCUUUGAACUUGUUUCAGAUUUUAGGCCCAUUUGUUUGUGUAGGUACGCUUGCACCAGCAAAGAGUGAAGAAGCUCUACCUCUAAAAUGGUGGUUAUAACAGCCGUAGAAGUUGUAGAUGUAAGGUUUCCAACUUCACUGGAACUUCAUGGCUCUGAUGCAAUGCACAAGAGCCCAGAUUAUUCUGCAGCCUAUGUUACUUUACACACAAACCGAGGUAAAAAAGGACAUGGAAUUGGUUUUACUCUGGGAAAAGGAACAUGCCUAGUUGUUCAGGCAGUGGAGCUUCUAAAGCCCUUGGUUGUUGGUGUUGAGUUUGAAGAAAUAAAAAACAAUUUCAGACAGUUCUGGAAGGAUAUGACCAAUGAAGAUCAACUUCGCUGGCUUGGGCCAGAAAAAGGAGUUAUUCACAUUGCAACAGCAGCUAUUGUCAAUGCCCUUUGGGAUCUAUGGGCCAAGAUAGAGAACAAACCAUUAUGGAAGCUAGUGGUUGACAUGGAACCAGAGCAGCUUGUUUCAACUAUUGAUUUUACUUAUAUCUCAGAUGUCAUUACAGAGCAAGAAGCUAUUGAAAUGUUGAAAACAAAACAACCCGGAAAGACCGAAAGAGAAAAGUACCUUAGAAUCAAUGGCUACCCAGCAUACACAACAUGCGUGGGCUGGAUGGGCUACAGCGAUGAAAAGAUCGUGGAACUGUGUCGGGCGAGGCUGAAAGAAGGAUGGACCAGCUUCAAGGUGAAAGUUGGUGCUGAUAUAGAUGACGAUGUUAGGAGAUGUAAACUUGUCCGACAAGAAAUUGGCUGGGACAAUAAUUUGAUGAUGGACGCCAAUCAGAGGUGGGAUGUCGAUGAAGCAAAGCAACGAAUGUCUGUGCUUCGCCAAUUCAAACCGUUGUGGAUUGAAGAGCCGACCAGUCCGGACGAUAUUUUAGGCCAUGCUGCUAUAGCAACACAUUUAAGAGAGGCUGGAGUUGGGGUUGCAACAGGCGAGCAUUGUCAAAACAGAGUUAUCUUCAAGCAGCUUAUGCAAGCAAAUGCUAUCAGUUUUUGCCAGAUAGACAGCUGCAGGGUUGGUGGGGUCAAUGAAAACUUGGCAAUUAUUCUUAUGGCUGCAAAAUUUGGAGUUCCAGUUUGUCCUCACGCCGGUGGUGUUGGCCUGUGCGAAAUGGUGCAGCAUUUGUCCAUCUUUGAUUACAUCUGCGUCUCUGCUGACUUGGAAAACCGGAUGAUUGAGUAUGUUUCUCACUUGCACGAACAUUUUGAGGACCCUGUGAACGUGAAGAAUGGAACUUAUCACAUACCGAAAUUGCCAGGCUAUGGCUGCCAGAUGAAACCAAAAUCUAUAUGGGACCAUACAUACCCUACUGGACGAGUGUGGACAAAGUUACUGAAUAAAGAUGAGAGCCCUACAGUUUCUGAGUAAUGGACCAAGGCAAAGGCAGAUGAAUGAAAUGGACGUAUGAAUCAAGGAGCUUGCAUAAAGCAAAGAAUAUCAAGGUAUGAUAAAAAGUAUUUAAUGAUAGAAGGAAUGUCGUUAAGGCUAAAACGUAUUUUGACAUUUCGAAGGAAAAUAUUCCAAUUUCGGUGUAAUUACAUCGUAAUUUUGUAGCUUUGAUGCAGGAAAGUUCUCUAUUCUUUUACCUUAGUAUGUACAAUUCUUCUUCAUAUCUGUAAAUUGUGAGUCGAAAAGUCACUGUUCUGUUCAGCUCAGAAUUUUGUCCUGCUUUGGUGAUUUUUGCAGCAUAGAAUUUUUUCUUUAGGUUGUCUUCUCACUUGAUUCGGUCUUAUCGAGCGGCUACAGUGAAACAGGUCGAUAAAAAAACGAAUCGCAAAUACGCGAGCUCUACCCGCGCAAUUCAGUUGAAGAUCUUCUGAGCGACUUGUCACGUUCGCCGAUGCGACGUCUGUUUCGUUGUAAUGCUUUCACCAAAAUUGUGCAAAUAGUAGCAUCCGGCUUUCAGAGUGACGCCUUAAAAGCUGAAUAACUUUUUUUCAACAUUGAACCUGCAAAAAGAAGCAUAGACAGAAACCCACAGGGACGUUAGAUGGGGGCCCAGAAAGACGCUGUUGCCAACUAACAGUUUAACUUCUCAGUUUCUCCCUCCCGCUCUGUUUAGCUGCAGCGCUUUGUAGCUACCACUAGUCGUUCCCACCUAAAAACUCUCCUUUGCGUGUCGAUUCCUUUUCCAUCUCUGUUGUAUUCUUAUGAAGAUUAUAUUUCAACGUGCUGAUGGUAGCUUAAUCGCCAAAAUCUUCCUAUUUCUUUAUCCUAUUUGAAAAGGUUCUUCUUUGAUUACUUUUUGAAAUUUUUAAUAAUUUUGCAACUGCGAUUAUAUUUUAUCGUUUAAAUUAUCCUAAAAUACUGUAAAGCUUUUGAAUGCAUUGAGAAAGUAAAUAACAAAUGCAAAUAGAAAUAAGCUUAAAAAAAGUUGCUCUUUGCUGUAACUCCGUCUUUUACAAAUGUUGACAUCGUUUAUUUUAUAUUUUGGAGAAUCUACAAAUAAUUGUUCUACUAUUCAACAUUUUACUUUUAGGAAAUUGUUAUAAAAGAUUUCUGUAAUAUAUGCAAUCGAUUUUUCUUAGCGUAUAUUUUAUAUAAGAGAGAAGUUUAUGAAAUUGUGAAUAUUUAAGGGAGAAUUGAUUAAUAUGCGGUAUUGAAUUUAUAUAUAUUAUUUUUUUAAUUUAGAUGUUUACUCUACAAUCUAGCUUUCUUGCUGAUUUUCUUAUUAGUAGUGAUUCAACCCAGCAGAAACUAAAAUAAGUAAAUAAUAUUGUUGAAACUUGGAUGCAUAGUGAAAUAAGUAAAUAUAGUGAAACAUUGAAACUACCUUUGGACAGUCUAGAA